AGACAUGGUGCUCGACUCGACGCCGCCGACAAAUCAUGGCAUCUAACAUCGCCCACACCUUAUGAUCCUCCACUCACCUACGGUGGUUGGAUUCAAUCAAGAGCACUCGGCCUGCGCAUUGCCAGUCUCUUACACGAACGCGAAAAGAGCAAGCCAUCGACGUCCACACCGCGAGCCCAACGCAGAAAACAUAAGGUCGUCAUUCAUUCCUCGCCAUUCCAGCGUUGCGUCCAGACGGGCAUCGGCAUCAGCGCUGGCUUGUCACAGUUCCAAGGCUUGCCGGCCGCCGCGCGAAAGAGCAGCGAUGCGCGCAUCAAAACACUUAGCCAGCUUCGUGGCUCUCCCAGUCUGAGACCCAGGGAUGCCUCUGCUUCUCCCCAAUUACAGCCUGUACCCGAGCAUCAUGAAGAGUCGCGCGAAUAUCCACGCAGCACGCCGAGGGAGCAGAAGGACCCCAUACCACAGAGUCGCACCACUCUCAGAGUGGAUGCAUUCCUGGGCGAGUGGCUAUCCCCAGACUAUUUCGAAAUGAUUACGCCGCCUCCCGAGAGCACCUUGAUGGUCACAGGUGCAAAGGCCGAGCUCCUUCGCCCAGCAGACAAGAUUGAGACCUACACACCAUCCUCCCCAGUCAUGUCAGGGGGCAACCUCUGGGGGACGCCUCCACCUGCCCGUCAGCAUUCACACUCAAUCAGCAACGUCCCGUCCCCUCCAUCACAAGAAACCAACGGUCCACUGGAAAACUGGCGCGUCUUCUCGCGCGACGUCCCUACAAGAGACCGCGGAAACAGCCUCGGUGCCAGCAAGGCUCCUGAAAACUUCAGACCUACCGACUCCUCUCUCGUGUCUCACAAGCACGACAACUCGCCUGGUUACACACCACCUACCCCAACCUAUGCUAUUUCUCCUGGCGAUCCUAUUCCUCGCGGCUAUGUUGCCCAUGCUCGUGACCAAUGUGUCAAGGUCGAUUACAAGUGGGACAGCAUGCGCGAGCCACAACGUUGGGGUGACGGUGGUCGUUUCGGGGAAGAAUGUAGCCAAAUGCACAAGCGGUUCCGUCAUGGCUUGUCAAGUAUGAUUGACUGGUAUGAUACAACCCAGUCAGAGUCAAAACAGCCCGCCCACGACAGCCAUGAAGCUGCACCCGCAGCGAUUGACGACGAUGAUGAAGAUCUUGUUGUGGUUUUAGUCACCCAUGGAGCCGGUUGCAAUGCUUUGAUCGGCGCCCUCACCAACCAGCCUGUGUUACUCGAUGUCGGCAUGGCCUCGCUCACCAUGGCCAUACGCAAGGAUGACGCAUCUGCCUCGUCGUCUACUAGCGAGCAUAUUUCACCCGUUAGCUCUAUGGAUUCCGGUCUAUCAUCUCAUUAUGACAUGAAGAUUGUUGCAUCUUCUGAGCAUCUGCGUCCUGGCGUUGAUCCUACCAAAGCGCCUGCACCUGCGACGGCUUCUCCCAAUUUGUCUGCUUCGCAGACCGUGCCUCAAUCACGGAGCCGCCGU